AAAUCCCUAAGAGUUUCCGUCAAUGUCUUCUCGCCGGAGAGUUCUUCUUAAGGUUAUCAUUCUCGGUGAUAGCGGGGUUGGGAAGACUUCGUUGAUGAAUCAGUUUGUGAAUCGAAAGUUUAGUAAUCAGUAUAAAGCCACGAUUGGAGCAGAUUUUUUGACUAAAGAGGUUCAAAUUGAUGACAGAAUCUUCACUUUACAGAUUUGGGAUACUGCUGGGCAAGAAAGAUUUCAAAGUUUGGGAGUCGCGUUUUACCGAGGAGCGGAUUGUUGUGUUCUUGUGUAUGAUGUCAAUGUUAUGAAAUCUUUUGAUAAUCUUAAUAACUGGAGGGAAGAGUUCUUGAUUCAGGCUAGUCCAUCGGAUCCUGAAAACUUUCCGUUUGUCGUCUUGGGGAACAAAACCGAUGUUGACGGUGGCAAGAGCCGAGUGGUUUCUGAGAAAAAGGCAAAGGCAUGGUGUGCAUCUAAAGGAAACAUUCCUUACUUUGAGACUUCCGCCAAAGAAGGGUUCAAUGUAGAUGCGGCUUUCGAAUGCAUAACUAAAAAUGCAUUCAAGAAUGAACCUGAAGAAGAACCGUACCUUCCCGACACCAUUGAUGUUGCUGGAGGUCAGCAACAAAGAUCAACAGGGUGUGAAUGCUAAUCAAGCAAAAAUUUGUUGCAGAUAUAUUGUUUUGUUUGGCACAUUUGAUUUUGUACCAAUAUAUUAUAACUUUCGGAAAUGUAAUUUCAGUUCAUUGAAUUACAGAUUGUAAUGAAUUGGGUUCCUUUUU